AAAAUAACCUAAAUAUUGAGCUGUCAUUGCUGAGAUUUUCACUGUAUAUUGCAUAAUUACAUUGUGGAAAACUUACGAACUUGGGGAUAAUAAACCUGUGGAUAUAAUCGUGCAGUUGGUGCUGCUAAAUCGCUUGGAUAUUGCUCGAAAUUUGCCAGAACGUUGAGUAUUUGUGAGUCACAAAUUCCUGGCACUUUUGACAGUGCUUUGAUACACAGUGCCUGUGCUCUGCUUCAGCAACCAGAGAUGCCGGUUCGCAAGCACGGUGAUCAACAUCUUUACAUGAAUAAAGAUGCCCACCGGGCGUUGGAGCUUCUCGAGGAGUACCACAGCAAGCUCACCUCCCAAGCCGACAAGCCUCUCCGCACAGCCAUCGAACGCGUCAUUCGUAUAUUCAAAAGCCGCUUGUUCCAGGCUUUAUUAGAUAUUCAGGAGUUUUACGAGGUGACACUCCUGGAUGAAAACAAGUCAACGCAACAAAAGACAUUAGAGACACUGCAGAUGGCCUCAAAGUGGGAGGUGCAGCAACCAAAUAGUAAUAAAAACGACAAACACCGCCUGGUAUCAGACGAAGACCUCCCACCGCCUCCGCCAGAGCUCAUGGAAAAAGCCGCUCAUCCAAUCCACCGAGACGACUAUAUUCGACCCACCCCCAUAUCAGCGCUAAGUAACGCAAUACCGAUGACAUCGAUGAACAUGCCGGAGGAAGAUUUUGAAACGGACGAAGCUGAGUGUCCAUCCUCGGCUGAGAAUAGCGACAUUUCUUGUAGACAACCAUUGCUGCAACAGGCGGCAGCAGCAGAAGCAGCGGCGAGAUACUUGAAUGGCAGUGAAGCUGACUGGGAAUAUGAAACAAUAUCUCUUGAACGGGGCGGAGCGGGUCUUGGAUUCAGUAUUGCUGGUGGGACUGAUAACCCACACGUGGGGGACGAACCAAGUAUUUAUAUCACAAAAAUCAUCAGUGGAGGUGCUGCUCACGCUGAUGGACGACUUAAGAUAAAUGACAUAAUAGUAUCAGUAAACGAUGCGAACACAGUAAAUGUAUCACAUUCGGAAGCUGUUGAAGCGCUCAAAAAGGCUGGCUCUACUGUUGUGUUAUAUGUAAAACGGCCGAAAGCCCCAUCUGAAAACAUUGCGGAAUUAAUCUUAGUAAAGGGAAAUAAAGGUCUUGGUUUCAGUAUUGCUGGGGGUGUCGGCAAUCAACACAUUCCUGGAGACAAUGGUAUUUUUGUAACGAAAAUAAUAGAUGGUGGUGCCGCUCAGGUGGACGGGAGAUUAGCCAUAGGAGAUCGACUUGUUCAGGUGAACGAGAAUUCAUUACAGAAUGUCACGCACGAAGAUGCCGUCUCAAUAUUAAAAGCCACGGCUGAACGUGUCGUUCUAGUCAUCACUAAGCCGUCGUACGUCUCGGAAGAAUACUCAGAUAUUACCAAUCAAGAUUUGAGUGGACUCAUUUAUCAUGGUUUCUAUUCGCCUCUCCCCUCUGAGACAUCAUCCCCGCCUGUACAAAAUGAAUACGCCGAUGAACCCAAUAACUCCAGUAACUCCACUGCCCUACCGCCAAGUUACUCAGCAAUUACGACGCCAAAGCCAUUGCCAUUUACGGAAACGGAAGAAGAUAUACCACGGGAACCACGGAAGAUAGUGCUAAAGAAAGCGUCAACAGGUCUUGGGUUCAACAUCGUAGGCGGCGAAGAUGGUGAAGGGAUCUUUGUGUCUUUCAUACUAGCGGGAGGGCCAGCUGACCUUAGUGGAGAGCUUCAUCGGGGAGACCAGUUAUUGACGGUGAAUCACGUUGAUCUACGGGAAGCGACCCACGAAGAAGCCGCAGCGGCAUUGAAGGGAGCACCGGACGCCGUAGAGAUUGUCACGCAGUACAAGCCAGAAGAGUAUAAUCGGUUUGAAGCAAAGAUCCAUGACCUCAGGGAACAGAUGCUGAACACAAGCACAGGGUCGUUACGGACCACGCAGAAAAAGACGCUAUACGUCAGAGCUUUAUUUGACUAUGACCCAUCAAAAGACAGCGGCUUACCGAGCAAAGGCCUUGGGUUCACGUACGGCGACAUCCUCCACGUCACGAACGCGAGCGAUGACGAAUGGUGGCAGGCCCGGCGGCUGACGCCAGAGGGCGAAGAGGAGGGCCUCGGAAUCAUUCCCAGUAAAAAGAGGGUAGAGCGGAAAGAAAAAUCACGGUUAAAGAACGUGAAAUUUACGGGCAAAAUGUUUCAGGAUAAGGUAAGCGCAGAGGAUAAUGAUAUCUCAGAGGCAGCCGCUAAUGACCGAAAAAAGAAAAAUUUCUCAUUCUCACGAAAAUUCCCGUUUAUGAAGAGUAAGGACCAGAGUGGGAGCGAGGUGGACGUCAGCGCUGAUGAAACUGGACAGGAACCUGGACACCACACAACAGCUGGCCACAUGACGGCAGGGAGUGCCAGUGACAUAAGUAUGAGAUUUGACGAGCCAAUCUUAUCUUAUGAGCCUGUAGUACAACAAGAAUUGAAAUACACAAGACCAGUGAUAAUACUGGGGCCACUCAAGGACCGGAUCAACGAUGAUCUCAUCUCAGAAUUCCCAGACAAAUUCGGAAGUUGUGUACCUCAUACGACGCGGGCGCGGCGGGAAUACGAGGUCGACGGCAGAGAUUAUCAUUUCGUAGCAUCGCGGGAACAGAUGGAGCGAGAUAUACAAAAUCACUUGUUUAUAGAAGCGGGCCAGUAUAAUGAUAAUUUGUACGGAACAAGUGUAGCGUCGGUAAAGGAAGUCGCACAAAAGGGUAAACACUGUAUAUUAGACGUCAGCGGUAAUGCCAUAAAACGCCUCCAGGUGGCAGUACUCUACCCCAUAGCCAUAUUCAUCAAACCAAAAUCUCCAGAAGCAAUCAUUGAUAUGAACAAAAGAAUGACAGAGGAACAAGCACAAAAGACAUAUGAAAGAGCACUCAAACUUGAGCAGGAAUUCGGAGAAUAUUUCACAGCUGUUGUUAUGGGCGAUACCGCUGACGAGAUCUAUGCAAGGGUUAAGAACGUCAUACGAGAUCAGUCAGGUCCGUUAAUCUGGGUGCCGUCGAAAGAAAAGUUGUAGGUGCGCGUAAUCAUGCGGUGAUUGUGACGUCGGGUAUUGCAAAGCUGAACUGAAGGUGGCUGUGAGGAUAGAGACUGAUCACAUUAACGUGGCCGGACUUGACCUUGAGAUUUACUCAUGCAAAUGAGGCGAUGAAUAUUCACUCAUGCAAAUGAGGGGAUGAAUAUUCAUGAGGGAUGUUCACAUGAGCAUUGAGGAGGUGGCAUUUAUCUUCGAAUGAGAUUUAUGUAAAAUUAUACGAGUGUCGCGUGGCGUGUGGCUCGAUGGAAUCACGAUGCGUCGACUGUGUACGUCAGGCCCGUGCUGAUUGCUAGGGCUAGCGAUCGCAGGGACUGGAAAUGAACUAUGGCGGGAUGGGGUAGCAGUCGUUCUGGAUAAGGUCAUUGAAUGACCGAUUGUCCAAGCACAAGGGAUAUAUGGCGACUCGCACCACCGAGGCGCAUGGACACAAGUGGCUAUGGAUUGUCUUCAGACACGAACACCUAAAUACUUCCAUUCUGUACAAAAUAAUCAUCAGACUGUUCGCGUUGUUGUCUCCCGUCCUCGAUGCGCGAUCUUGCCGUCGCUGUCGUGAACAAUUUGUGGACCUGGGAUCGAUGAUGACGAGGUUAGACUGUCAUUACCAUGUUAUUCAUUCAUGCUGGGCAUGCCGAAUCCUGUCAAGCCAAGCCAGAGUGCAUUCUGUAUUAUGUCGUUCACUCUAGCUGCCGUGUCUGGCGUGUGACCAUGGACAGAUUUCAAACUCGGAAAAAAAUACUGUGCUUUUACGGUACCAGUAUUUAUAGUUCUGGUUUGGGUGAGAUAUUAAACAUGUCACAGGUCAUUGGGCCUCAUCUACUGUGAAAUCGCGAAAUUAUUUGCUGCUCUAAUUUGGGCGAGAUAUGAAUUUUGUUGCAAGUCAUUGGGCCACAUCGAUAUGAGCGGGGAAUUUCCCCCUGGGGUGAAUUUUGUUUCAGUACUUCUUAACCUGCACUGCUUGAGUCUAGUUACAUGGUGCUGUGCACACAAGAUGCCACCUAUACUCAUUUAAUCAUACUAGGAUGCCCGCGGCCUGCCUGGGCUGCGUGAUUAUAUCCUCAUUACUUUCAAAUAAGCAUUAGAAAUGUGAAUAAAACAGGCAUAUCUUAUUUGUAUUUUUGUAGCGUGCUCUUUAAGCUAGAACCAGACCAGGAGUUUUGUUACAAACUUCAUGUUGUCUCUGGUCUUGACAGGCUUAAAGAAUUGUGCCCAGCCCGUGCAUAAUUUGCAAUUCCAGUUGGGGAAGGUGUGAAACUAUCUUAAUUUGUAAGGGAAUGAGGUAUGUAAAAAGUAUGUUUGAUCAGUUGCUGUAAAACCAGCCAGGUGAUGUCAGGACUUUCUUGAUGACAGCACAACUAAUGAUAUAUUUCACUACAGGACUGGUGCUGCCACCUUGGGCAGUCAUGAUGGAUCCUGACUGUGUUAACAGUAUCUACUGGAUUUGUGCAAUUUUAUGUCUUGUGAGCUCUUUAUAACGUCUGGUUAGCUUAAUUUUUUCGUCAAAAGGUUCCCAUCUUCUUUUGGCGUUCUUCAUGUGAUGUCACACGGAGGCCAUAUUGGAGGUCAAAUCGUCAAUAAUGCCUCAGUAAAGAAAACAUCAACACAGUGACGAUAUCAAGUGACAGUCAUUUGAGGCAGGCGGCCCUUCAGAAGGCCUACUGUCUGUCAGCCUUUGCGACAAUGUCUUAGGAGUCGUUUAACAUUUGCAACAUCCGUGAAGAACCCCUGUAAGUCAUGUCAGGCAGGCCUGUGAGCUUUCCGUUAACAACCGAGGCACAUAAAAUAUCAUUUUACGCUAUACAUACAAACUAGAUUUUAGCAAAGUUAGCCGAUAAGGAUCAUGUCUUUCAUUGGCACUUUGUUUCAUCGUUCAUUUUAUACUGUGUCUAUGUAAAAAUCUGCAUUUAAUAAUCAUGUCGAAGGAGUGAUUUUCUUAAUCUUUAACGCGUGACUGAAGAUUUGUCUUGCGUUAUUAUUUAUGAUAUUUUAUUCUUAAUCUCGAUGUCCAUAUGUGAUCCCGAGGUCAAUCAGGCGCAUCGCAGACAGGCAAUCUUCAUAUCGCCGGGAUGUGCAGAUCAGGUGAUUUUUACUGCGGACAGGCAAUCUUUUUAUCACUUCCUUCGUUGCGACUAUAAAAGUUGUUUCUCUGCGAUCUGCUUUAGGGCACAGUUUCAGUAAGUCUCGACUGCUAGCAGUCCCACCAAAUCACUAGUCCAUUAGUGACGAGAUGUUCUCAAUGUUGUUCCACCAUCACCAGCCUGAAAAUAACCUAUAGCAUCCUGGUUCUAGUUUAGGGUGAAACAUGAUACCCUAUUUCACUACAAACUGUAAGAUUUUUACGGAGAAUUAUCUGCUUUCGACUGAAAACUUAUUUUACGGCGAAUUAUGAAAAUGUACAAGACCUUGAACUUGCGCUGAUUUUAAUUCUUGUUUGUCUGACAAGUUUGAGUCCGGUUGUGCUGAUUUGCAUCCGGAUCUGACAAACUUGCCUGCUGGCGUUGACGUGCUUUUUAAACAGAAUUAUGUCAAAAAAUGAUGUCAGGGGACUACCAAUUAAAGGAAUUGAUGCUGAACUGGAGGAAUAGGUUGUCGCACAAAAGCUGGACUGGAAAUGUAACCCUAAACGGAGGCUUAUCACUGAGGUUUUGGGUUAAGUGUUUGGUAAGACAACCAAUACCAUCAGUGAGGUAUCAGUGUCUAUUCUUAAACACCUUUGAUUGUAAUUUGAUUGAACUGCUUUUCGACCCCUUCCAUAUUUUAUACUAACCCAAGCGGUUACGGUGGAAGCACCACAGCGCUACGGUGAAACCAGGCCGAGUGUAAAAAACCUAGAAAACAAUACCACAUUUCAACUGAGUUGUUUCAGAGAAUGGAAUCCAAAAAUUACAUAUUUUCUGUAGAAGAAUAUCCAAUUUGUUUGAGAAGUCUAACAGUAAAAAUGUUUAGCUGGUCAAUGCCAGUUGACAAAAGUUGUCCCCAUGGAUGCACAUUGGCACGACCUGUUUUUGUCCUCGGUGGAUUUUUGCGACAUCUUGCGGUGAAACGAAAAUCUAUUUUGUAAGUGAUAAGUCAUCGCCGCGCCGGCAGAUAUCGCCACGUUUUUAAGCGUGAGGCGACCUCUAUUAUUUAGAUAUGAAUAUAGAAACAAAUUACGAAUGUAUAUGUUGUUUAUAUGUAUAGUGUUAUCUGUAGUUAACUGAAUUCAACUUGAUAACAAUCCUUUCCAGAAUUGGGCGGUUUUGGAAGAAAUUUCAAAGUGUUUUUUGUUCUGCAAAAUUGAGUACUCAUAAGUUCAGGACAUCAUUGUCAUUCUAUGCUUGAACACUCUAAGCCAGCACUUUGACAUCGAAUAAGUUUUAAAAGUGCAUUCAGCAUCCCGUAAUAGUUGCGAUAUUUUAUAAGGUUUUGAACAUUUCUUCCAAAAUUAACUCCAAAGGUGGAAAGGUGAGGCUUAAUAGCAGUAUUUGGAAGAGGGUUGACAGUGUACAGUGCCACUGUGCCUGUCCCCCUAUUUAUCAAAGUGUAUUGUCCCUUGUAGCACCUGGUAUAUGUUUGUGGGAUAGUCCAUUCAACACUCGAGGUGUGAUAGUACUUGGGUUCGUAUUGAAAAGCAUCUUUCGGGGUGUAAAACGUAAUCAAAUCAAAAUGUACUAAAAUUCCACUGGCCAAAUUUAAUUUUACAUUUGAUAAAAACCUGCUCUUUGUCCAACACACCCUAUUCUACAUCAGGAUGAUGAUCAUCCUAUCCUACUGUAAUGUCAUGCAUUGGGAUCAGCAAGCAUUUCCGGCUGUUCUACAAUAUUGCCUUUAAAAUAUCUUUCUCUUGACUUCAAAAAAGUUCUGGUGUGUGAAAAAAAGCUUCCAUUUUCUACCAAAAAAGGGCCGAACAUUUUGGAAUGCUAAUGGCGAGUUUUGUUAUACAGGGUGUUAGAAAAAACAUGCACAGUAUCUAUUGGUCAACAUGGACAACACUUACUGAUUAUAGUUAUUGAUAUGGGACAAAUUCUCAGAAUUUAAUUGUGCCAUGUUUUGAUUAACACCUUGUAGUAAACUAAGCUCUGUCUAGUUAAUUCCUUAUGAUAAAAGCUACUGGUUCGUUGAUGUGGUUUUGGAUAUAUCGAUACACGUGGGGCUAGUUUUAAGUACUGGUCGCUCACUUGAUACUCCCAAGACGGUUUUAUUUCCAGAGAUCCCACACAUAUACAUGUAUAAAUAACAUAACAAAAUAAAAGAUAAUAAUAAAGUA